UUUCUUUCUUUCUUUCCAUAUUGAACUUCAAAAGGUGCGUUUGACGUGCACACGUGAGCCUGCUGGCACGUCAUCCAAAGCCGCUCAGGGAGGCCGGACCAGAGCACGUGAGCUAAUGGGGGGCACAUCCCCCGGUGUGCGAGCUUCCGCUUGAUUCGGCCAAUCGAAGAAGAGUGAGCUACGCUUAACAACGCCAUCUGCUGUCAAGCCUCCCUGCUUCAUGUCACCCCCCCUCCGCCGCCCACUCCCCCCCACCGUCCUAUGAACCAUCUGGGACCACCACUACUGCAUCACUGCUCCACCACAAACCGUGAAGAUGGCGUCCCGGACCAUGCAAGCGGCACGAUGCCCGACAGACGAGUUGUCGCUGACAAACUGCGCCGUGGUCAGCGAGAAGGAUCUGCAGUCCGGCCAACACGUGACUGUGAAGACCACACCCAACCACAAAUUUGUGUUCACGGUCAAGACCCACCACACCGUGGCGCCUGGUUCCAUUGCCUUCAGCCUGCCACAGCGAAAAUGGGCCGGUCUCUCCAUUGGCCAAGAAGUAGAAGUGUCCAACUACAACUUCGACAAGUCCAAGCAGUGCAUCGGUGCCAUGACCAUCGAGAUUGACUUCCUGCAGAAGAAGAGCACCGACUCCUCACCGUAUGACUCGGAUAAGAUGGCCGCCGAGUUCAUCCAGAAGUUCAACAGCCAGGGCUUUUCUGUCACGCAGCAGCUGGUCUUCAGUUUCUGCGACAAACUCUUUGGACUGGUUGUCAAAGACAUUGAGGCGAUGGAUGCCAGCAUCCUCAAAGGCGAAGCGGCCUCUGGAAAGAAACCGCAGAAGAUUGAUGUUGGGCUACUGGUGGGAAACAGUCAGGUGAUUUUUGAGAAGGCGGAGAGUUCAUCCUUGACACUUGUUGGUAAGGCAAAGACCAAGGAGGCACGUCAGACAAUCAUCAACCCGGACUGGAACUUUGAGAAAAUGGGCAUCGGAGGUCUGGAUAAGGAAUUCUCUGACAUUUUCCGGAGAGCUUUUGCUUCUCGGGUCUUCCCUCCGGACAUUGUUGAGCAGAUGGGCUGUAAGCACGUGAAGGGCAUCUUACUGUUUGGACCGCCGGGCUGUGGAAAAACCCUCAUGGCCAGGCAGAUUGGCAAAAUGCUGAACGCCCGCGAGCCAAAGAUCGUCAACGGCCCGGAAAUCCUCAACAAAUAUGUGGGCGAGUCUGAGGCCAACAUCCGCAAGUUGUUCGCUGAUGCGGAGGACGAGCAAAAGCGGCUGGGAGCCAACAGCGGCCUUCAUAUCAUCAUUUUUGAUGAGCUGGAUGCCAUUUGCAAGCAGAGAGGCACGGGUGCGAGCAGCACGGGCGUGCACGACACUGUGGUCAACCAGCUCCUCUCCAAGAUUGACGGCGUGGAGCAACUGAACAACAUCCUGGUCAUUGGGAUGACCAACAGGCCCGACCUGAUCGACGAUGCCCUCAUGAGGCCCGGCAGGUUUGAGGUCAAGAUGGAAAUCGGUCUUCCUGAUGAGAAAGGUCGCGUUCAGAUUCUCACCAUUCACACGAACAAGAUGCGAAGCUUCAAGCUGCUAGCGCAAGAUGUCAACAUACCAGAGCUGGCAGCUGAAACCAAAAAUUACAGCGGGGCGGAGCUGGAGGGGCUGGUCAGGGCUGCCCAGUCCACCGCCAUGAACCGACACAUCAAGGCUACAUCUACCGUCGAGGUUGACAUGGAGAGGGCAGAGAAGCUGCAGGUCACCAGAGAUGACUUCAUGGGAUCCCUCAACAAUGACAUUAAACCAGCAUUUGGUACAAACCAGGAGGAUUACUCCAGCUACAUCAUGAAUGGCAUCAUCAAAUGGGGCGACCCGGUUACCCAUGUCCUGGAUGAUGGAGAGCUGCUCGUACAGCAGACCAAGAACAGCGAUCGCACACCGCUGGUCGCUGUGCUGCUCGAGGGUCCGCCCCACAGUGGAAAAACAGCUUUGGCAGCCAAGAUUGCGGAGGACUCACAGUUCCCCUUCAUUAAGAUUUGUUCUCCAGACAAGAUGAUUGGACACUCAGAGAUUUCCAAGUGCCAGGCCAUCAAAAAGGUCUUUGAUGAUGCUUACAAAUCCCAGCUGAGCUGUGUGGUGGUUGAUGACAUCGAACGUCUGCUCGACUAUGUCCCAAUCGGACCGCGUUUCUCCAAUCUGGUUCUUCAAGCCUUGUUGGUGCUCCUGAAGAAGGCACCACCCAAGGGUCGGAAACUGCUGAUAAUUGGCACCACCAGCAGGAAGGACGUCCUCCAGGAGAUGGAGAUGCUGGACGCCUUCAGCACCACCAUCCACGUCCCUAACAUCUCGACCGGGGAGCAGCUUGUUGACGCUUUAGAGCUGCUGGGCAGCUUCACAGACAAAGAGAGGGCCAGCAUCGCACAGCAGCUGAAAGGAAAGCGAGUUUGGAUCGGCAUUAAGAAACUCCUCGUGCUUAUCGAGAUGUCGCUGCAGAUGGACCAAGAUUACCGAGUGACAAAGUUCCUGUCGCUGCUGCGAGAUGAGGGGGCGUUGAAUGAAGGCAAUCAAAUCCGCAUUUAAGCCGCCACUCAGUGGUUCCCACUGUGCACUGCGAUCGCAGCUUUUAUGAGUAGGCUGGCUUCGGAAAUGCAACGACUAUUUCAUCAUCAACAAGCCGCAAACAGGAUGAGGAAGAGGAGAAGAGCCCAUCAUGUUUGUCCACCAAGUCAUUCCUCCGUCCAUCUUUCUAAAUACACAAUCUGGUUAAAGACACCCCCCGCCCCCCUUUUCCCCGCAUGAUCCCAUAGGCAAUAUCUCGAUCACUGCCCACGUGUCACCCCCGUCACCAAAGUAUAUUUGUUGUCUUUACUGCAGUCUACAGGAAGUCGUACUGUCAUUGAAUUGUUAUCUGGAAAGAUACUGCAAGAGACGAUUGUUUAAAAAACAAAAAAAGUGGUUUUGUGCAUCGUGCUAAAGAAAAAAAGCAACAUGUGUUUUUAGCUUCUUGUGUAGUAGGUGUGGUAUUUGUUAUUGUCUUGCUAAGUUAUAGUCCUGGGGUGUCCAAACCUUUUUGUUGGAGGGCCGCGUGCAGAAAAGUGGAAGGAUGAAAGGAAAGUCAGUCAAGAAAGCAAUCCUACAUUGUUUGUAUUGUUCAUCAGUUUUCUGUUCAAGGUGUUCAGGCAAAUUCUCCCAAGUUAUACAUAUAUGCAUGUACAGGGAGAGAGCUGGCCACCGAGGAAUGGAUGGCAGGUCGCAAACGGCCUCCAUAGUUUGGACACCUCUGUUCUAGUCAGUCUGAUACUGUACAUACAAAGUAAGAAGGCAGGACACAGAGAAUGCAACUAAAACGGACAUAAAUAGCGCGCAGAUUAUUUUUGCUUCGUGGACUGUCGGAGGAUUGCAGUGACCAUGUCGUGGCUAAGCAAAACGUACUUUGUUCCCUGUGUAAAUGUUAAGCCUUUAAUUCUCUGUAACGUGUCCAUGGCUUCAGGUCAAUGUAAGGCCAACUUAAGCCCAAAGUACAUAGUGUAUAUAUAAACACAGGCAGUAUAUUGAGAAUCGUUGAAAUGAUCCAAGUUCUUUCCAAAUUACGUAUAGAGACAGACUAUAUAACAGUGCGAUUUGUGAUCCUUUGGUGUUCCGGAUAUCGUGACAUCAUCGGGCUAGUUAUAGUGGAAGUGAAUGUUGGAUUGUGGAGUGUCUGUUGUGUGCAGUUCAGUUCAGUUCAGUACAGUUU